CGUGACCGUUCCCUGGGCCACCAGGAGCCCCACUGGAAGGAGUUCCGCUUCGACCUGACCCAGAUCCCAGAGGGCGAGGCGGUCACAGCUGCCGAAUUCCGGAUUUACAAGCUGGCCAGCACCCACCUGCUCAACGGGACCCUGCACGUCAGCAUGUUCGAGGUGGUCAGGGAGCAGUCCAACAGGGAGUCUGACUUGUUGUUUUUGGAUCUUCAGACGCUCCGAGCUGGGGACGAGGGCUGGCUGGUGUUGGACGUGACAGCAGCCAGUGACCGCUGGCUGUUGAGCCGGAACAAGGACCUGGGGCUCCGCCUCUAUGUGGAAACAGACGAUGGGCGCAGCGUGGAUCCUGGCCUGGCCGGCCUGCUGGGGCGACGGGCGCCGCGCUCCAAGCAGCCUUUCCUGGUCACUUUUUUCAGGGCGAGCCCCGGUCCCGGCCGAGCCCCUCGGGCAGCGAGGCCCCUGAAGAGGAGGCCGCCCAAGAAAACCAACGAGCUGCCACACGCGAACAAACUCCCGGGGAUCUUUGAUGACGUGCACGGCGCCGACGGCCGGCAGGUGUGCCGGCGGCACGAGCUCUACGUCAGCUUCCAGGACCUCGGCUGGCUGGAUUGGGUCAUUGCGCCCCAAGGCUACUCAGCCUAUUACUGUGAGGGGGAGUGCUCCUUCCCGCUGGACUCGUGCAUGAACGCCACCAACCACGCCAUCCUGCAGUCCCUGGUGCACCUGAUGAAGCCGGACGCGGUCCCCAAGGCGUGCUGUGCCCCCACCAAGCUGAGCGCCACCUCCGUGCUCUACUACGACAGCAGCAACAAUGUCAUCCUGCGCAAGCACCGCAACAUGGUAGUCAGGGCCUGUGGCUGCCACUGAGGUCCGGCCCCGCCGCUGCAGAGCCUCCCGCCUGGGUCCGGCCCUUUUCCAGACACAGGAAACCCUCAGACCCAGCCCGGAACCCGGGGCGGGUGGGCCGCCAGAGAUCAACAUAACUAUGCCUCUCUUUUCUUCCUGUCAGGGCUGGAUCUUCUCCAGGCCCCUCUGCCCCCUUCCCUGCCUGAGGUCUGUGAAAAUCUCUUGCCUCUGGCCCGAUGGUCUGAGUCACCGAGCAGGUUCCCUCCCAGCCUCCUCCCCCAGAAGCACGUGCUGACCAGCGUUUUGGGGGUGACAUGAAAGUCCUGUCUGAGGACCUAUCAGUGUCCAUUGCUGGCCCAGGCUUGUGGUGAUACGGGGUGGGCUGAGGGGCACCUGGAACCCAAAAUGGCUACCUCAGCCGCUUUACUAUCCAUUACAGGGCUUGGCUGUGUGUAGACAGAGUCUAGUCCAUCUCCAGUGCCUGCCCCUCCCAGGCAUUUCUGGGCACUUUUAUUAGGAUAUGGACCUGCCCUGAUUGCUGUGUUGUUGUGGAUCUCAGUUAUCAAACUGCUGGCCACAGGCAGGAACAAGGGUCAACUCAAGAAAGAGCUAAAUGAACCCUGUGACAUAGGGCUCAGACCAAUGGCAUUUGUCUCCUCUAAUCUUCCUGUGUUGAUCUGCCUCUGCUGUCCGGGGACAUACGGCCUUUGUAGAAACAAAAACCUGGGAAGGUUUCAUUCCCUUAUGAUUCUGUCACCAUGUUGAGCUUAGCUCCAUGGAAAAGUUCUCUUUUUAUUGAGCCUAGCACGGUGGAGAAAUUGGGUGGCCCAGGAUGACAAUGCCCAGUACAGAUGACAUGAUUACUCUUUCCCUUUGGCAUGGCAAACAUCGAUAAUCAACCUUAAUAUUUUUUUCUUCCAAAUCUGGGUAGAAUUUCAAAAUGAUCGGUAUUAGAACUGCACUGUUUGCCACCAUUUGCCAUAAGGAGCAAUCUGUUUCACCCACUGCAGGGCAGCUGGGACACUGGGCAGCCCCUGGCUGGGUAUGGGGCAAGGGCAGGGGCUUCUCAGCACCUGCUUAUGUUCAGUUGUCAAAAACAGGCUGGUCGCCAUAAUCUGUCUGCAUCACCCUGGGUGCCCAGGAGCGCCGCCUGUCGCUCUAGGCCUGUGAACCAAAGAAAAGGUCCCUGUCCCAGGGGAGUGACAGAGGCAGCAAUUAGGCCAACCCGGGGUGCAGGUUCCCGGAAACCACUGUUCUCGGAGCGGCCGCCACCACAGGCAGUUGGAGUGUUUAUUUGAUUUCUGACUUGCUAAGCCUGUAAUUUACCUGCUGGCGCAGACAGAGUCCAGCUGCCCGAGCUCUGAAAUACUGGGUCAUUAAAAGUGGAUUCUGGGCCCGCCCAACCCACAGGCACAGCCCAGCUGGGGCGGAACCACCCCUGUGCCCAAGUACGCGCAUCCCCGCCGUCACUCUACACCCUGACAAGGGGCCCCGGGCCGGCAGGCCUGGCGGCAGGUGUGGAUGCCGGGGCCCUGCUGCAGGACAGCAGCCCCUCCACGGGGACCUGGAAGGGACUGUGGAGCAAGUACAGAGGAAAAGAUCCUCCCGUGUACAGCGGCAGGCCCAGACUGCAAGGUGGAAAGUUCCCCAUCAGUUAGGGACCUAAACUCUGGCCUAGAUGUCAGGAGGGCUGACUAGUAGAUGGUUUCCUCCUCAGGGUCUCAUUUUCCCAUCUGUACAUGACGGCAUUCGGCUUCCUGGUCUCCACAUGGCCCUCUGCCAGAAAUCUGUCCGCCAACCCUUUCUCACACUGAGCCCAGAUGCUGCCUCGUGACCUCGAACUGGGCACUCAGGUGGUGGUCACAGAUGAGAGCUGGUAUAAAGUACGGAACCUGUUUGCCAUUCUAGUCCUUAUCUAACACUUCCAUCUUCCCAACAUCAAGGAUGAUCAUGUAGGCAAAUGUACAUUUAAAAUUAGCCAAUUAUUUUGGCCACCCUUUACUUCACCAUGUAUCUUUCAUGCCCAGCCAACAGCCCAACACAAUUAGGGAUACACCAGGCAUGUCUGUCAAAUCACCCAAAGAUUUAUAGACAGGGAUAUACGUCACCUAUCACGCUGGGCACAGCAGGGAUGACUGGAGGUUGUAACCCUCCUUUUUUGUGCACAACACCUGAAAAACAGCAAGCCUCUGCCGGCCUUCCCGGGUCAGACUUCCAGCAACCUUUGCCAUCCAGGCAAAUGGGAUCAAAUAGAAAAAGCCCUGAGCAGUGAAACCAUUGUGAACGGACACAAAGCUCCUGCAUUUUAUGCCCUGCUUAUUGCAUGAUUUGUUGCAUGGGUCCGAUUUCCAGUCACCCGUGUGCGGAGCCCAGCACAGCAGCUGCAGGGGCGGCCCAGGCUGGCAGUCACGCAGCACAGAUGCCACUCUCUCCCUUUCUGUUGCUCAGGGCAUGGCUUGUUUAUCUGGCUGCACGGGACCCGAAGGAUACACACGGGCGGGCCGUCAGGCCCACCGCACAAGGAAUCAAUGUCGCCGGCAGGGAGUGCAUGUGGGAAAGGCCGAGGACGUGUGCACGGCCGUCUCGGUUCUGGCAGCGCUGUGCUGGCCUUGGGGUUGAGGCAUCGCGACAUCCGUGUUCACUGUUUUCUAAGGUGGGCACAUGACCUGUCCUGGAAAAUUCCUGAAGGAACAGAGGCAGCAUAGCAAGAGUACAAAAUUUUGGAGCCAAAUGGAUUGGACUCUUCGCUCUUUUUCUGAAGUAGGGCAGGAUAUUGGUUCUUUCCUUCCAAGCUAUUGUAAAGACCAGAUCCCUACAUACACAUUUAGGACGAUGUCUGCUGUAAAGACACUUAGCAGCUGGCACCUGCUGGCAUUAUUGCAAGAGGAUUUGCUAAUCGGCUGAGCCCUUUCUGUGCUUGCCCGGAAUGUGUUCCACAGGUGAUGCUGUACUAAUUUCAGAGCUAUACUUUCUCCUGAAAAUCUACAUCCUGCAGACUCUGGAGGGAGGACCCUGUGUUUCCCACUUGCUUUCAAGGCCUGAGGAAAGUGCCUGGUUAAGGCCAGGGCCGUGACCCGCGUUCCCGUGUUCCCACGGGCCCGGGGAUCCCGCCGGCCUGCUGAAGGUACAAAGCACUCAACCCACCUUUUAAAAAAUAGGUUUGUUUUUCAUUUAUUACAAAAAUAAUGCAGUUUUGGAGGACAAACUGGAAAAAAAAUCAGAAAUUGUCACAGUUAUAGGACUCAAUAUUUUGGUGAAUUUAUUUCUAGGCUUUUUCCUUAGGACACACAUAUAUAGAUGUUUACAUGGUAUAGAUACGUAUUUUUACA